GAAAUUUGAAAGCAUAAGGACUCACACCUCUCCUCCAUCCUCCAAAGUUGCUCAAUCGUCCCAAAAUUUUGUUGAGGAAUAAUGGGAGGCUGCGCGAGCAAACCUAAGGAGUCAGAGUUCCAAUCUCAAUACUGCCCUCCGUCUGAGGUUCCUCCUCCUGCCCUCACGAAGGCUGAACUGGAGGCAGAGCUCACUGCUCAGGUGACAGAGAAUGGGGAUGAGAAAGAGAAAGAGAAACAGGUUGAAGAACCUUUGGCAGAUCUUUCUGAACCAAAAGAAGAGGCUUCAAUUUUAUCCCCGUCCGCAGUUCCAGCUUCUGCAGAGACUACUGAGCUUGUAGAGCCAAAUGCUGAGACAGUCGUGGCUGAAACUAAGGAGGAGGAGACCAAAGAGCCAGCAAAAGUGGCUGUAGAUGACAAAUCAAAUAAAGAUGAAAAAGAUAUUGCACCUCUCGUCCAACCGUAGACUUCCUUGCUGUAACAUGCCAUACGCAUUGGCAUCAUAAGAUUUGUAUCAUUUAAUUCUUUGCAUGAUUGAUUUCAUUUCUCUGGUACUCUUUGUAAUAUGAUUAAUUGAUAGACAACAAAUGAACAUCCCAUUCUAUA